GUUUGGAUAAAGUUUUACAAAUGAUCGACUAAAAAAACACACAAAAAGUACAAAACUCCACCGAACAGUUCGAUAAAAAACGUGCUUAUUUGUGAAUUGGGUUGACUGUUUUUGUAGCGCGUGGUGAAUUGUCAGUUCAGUGCGCCAUGACGUUUCUCGUUUGUAAGCUGUUUCCUGUCAAGUUCACAACCAAACGGCGAUGCUAGAAUUCGCGCGUUUUGACUGGUUUUGUGAAAAGUAUCGUUCAAAAUCUCCAGCAUCAUUUUACAGUUUUAAUUGAAGACGAUCAGCACUCGUUCUGUUGAGUUACUAUGUCGGUCUCGGAAACGGUGACGAGAAACCAGGCGACCUCGCAUCAAAGGAGCCUCCAGGUGGCAAACCAACAAACAAACCCACUGUCGGAAUUUCCCGAGUUUUUUAGCUUCAAAUGCACUCAGAUCGAUGGCUCGGAGUUGCAGCUAAAGCUGCAGUGUAAACGAAAAGCGGAUAUGGAUCCAAGACUUCUCAAGUGGGCGUUCAAGCUGGCCGAACGCAACGUUGGCCCACAGUACCGGACGUGCAGUUUAGGCUGGCAGCCGAAGAUUAAGCAAGCGGAUCUGAACAAACCAUGGGCACGGUAUCUAAUAGCGACGGAUGUGACCACCAAGAAACCGGCAGCAUACACGAUGUUUCGCUUCGAUCUGGACUACGGCCGUAGCGUGCUAUACUGCUACGAGCUGCAGGUGGAAGCUGAUUUCCAGCGCAAAGGGCUGGGCGCUUUCAUGAUGAAGGCGUUGGAACAGAUGGCACAGCGCUUUUCCAUGGAGCGUGUUGUACUAACGGUACUGAAAAAUAAUCAGGAUGGCAUGCGGUUUUAUCGAAGGUUAGGCUACGAAGUGGAUGAAAUGUCCCCGGACAAGGAGGAAAAUGCGGCAUACGAAAUAAUGAGCAAACCAAUGCAUUGAAAUAACAUAAUGGUGUAACUCAUGAACAAAAAACGCAAGAAUACAAGACUGCACUGCAUCCCCUUGGAGGCCAUCUAAUUUAGAAA